AUUGUAAUUUCAUUAUUAAUAAAAAGUAAAUUUCCAUAACUCUAAAAAGCAGAUAAGACUAGACGGUCGGCAGACGGUAUCCGAUAAUCCGACUGUUCUCAGAGAUAAAACGAAAAGUGGGCGUAGUCGGUGACAUCAUCGACGAUAACGGCGUAAAAACUAUGACAUUCUUGUGCGUUUCAAUUGGAAAAGAGUUCUAACCAAACAGUAAAUAGUUAUUGAAAAUAAAAGAAUUUGCCUCGAAACGGUUAGAAACUUAAGAGACUGUCCAUUCUUGUUUUGUUAGCGAUCUUCUGACUGCCGUUUCCCCCAGACAACGGGCGUGAACGAAGUUUGUUGAAUGAAAAUUUCUGAUCGACAGGUAAUGAAAAAAAAAUCGAUACCUAUCAAAUUAAAAAAAUAAAAUAAAAUUGUGUGCUACAAACGGAUGUGUAUGUGCACGCGCGUGUGUGUGUGGCACUGUGUGCAAUUUUUUAUUAUUUUUUCAUUUAAUUGGCUCCCAUAGAGAUUUCACGUUCAUUGACUCUGCCGACGGGUGGUGGCAGCACUUGUACCAAGGCUGCUUUGGGCGGCAUCGCCUCGUUGAGUCCCCCACUAUAAUCUCCCCACUCCCAACUCUUCAUCGUUUCACCGUAUCUCUCUUCAAAGUUCCGUCACUCUUGUAGUUUCGUCUAUUAUCACACAGCAGCGGAGGUUCAAUCUGCUUGCGCGACAUUGUGGGGAUAGGCUAGAGCCAAGAAAUUUAACUCAAUUUAAAAAAAUACCAAGUCACUAAAUAUACUCGACGCAAUAGAGACAUAACAUAACUGUGUUUUUGUGUAUCGGUUUGUUAGUGCGCCGUACGUGUUUGGCUCAAUGAGCGAUCGUAAUAAUAUGUGAAUAUAAGGUAAGUUUUAUGUGCUUGUAAUUAUUAAAAUACGUGGAAAAUGAACGUGUCUUUGGUACCUAAAGAAUUUGUCUUUAUUUUUUCGUUUAAUUUUAUCGUUGAUUUUACCUAUCUUAUAUUGUAUUUUGAUAUUUUGAUAUGAUUUUAAAUUUAUUUUAUUGGUUCUCUUCAUCACAGUAAGCCAUGAGUUUUCGGAAUCGGCUAUCCCGCGCAGCCAAAAAUAACAACGAACCACCUGCGAGGAAUAAAAACCUUACUAGACACGACUGUUGCAGUGCUACAAAGUUAAGAGCAAGUAGUGUUGAGCAUGAUCGCAUUAAUGGCAACCACGAAGCCCAUAGAAGUGCGACUUCUGUAGACAGAGUGUUGAGCGUUAAUAGAAUUCCUAGGUAGUUUUGGGUUAAUCUGGAACAGUGGAAUCGAGUUAUAAAACCGUCCAUAAAAAUUACAGAUUAAGUCAAUUGACAGGCGAAUCGAGUUGUGCAGCUAGCUGUAGGACUCCAAAUCGGACUAUUACAAAAACAAACAUUAAUCGAUCCAGUCUGAGUUCUCCGAGUACUCCACAAAGAAAGGUUUAUAUAUUAGUUACUAUUUUUUUUUUAUAGUACCUUUUUUUAAAAUAUAUUUUUCAUAGGUGUUAGCCAGAGGCCGAGGAACUGCUGCUACACCAUCUCCUCGUUUCAGGCGUGAAACAACAACAACAACAACAACAACUGUUCCAAAGAAAACUGUGGAUAACAAAUCUGAUAAGGAAUGCCAAUCAUCAUCUGCAAACAUGCCGUCCAAACAAUCAUAUCUGUAUGCACAGACCUAUUAUGACACAGGUUCUGGUUCUGUAGAAAUAAUAGAAGAAUCAUGCUCUCCUCAAAUUACAAUUCCAAUACCAACAGAAAUAUCAACUAUAAUCAACCGUUCAGAUGAUGAUGAAGAAAAAGCUUCUGGAAAUUCUCCUGAUGGAAGGUAAUUAAUUAUUGAAUAUGAGUUAUUUUGAAUUAAUAUUUACAUUUUAACUAAUAUGCAUAUUAGAUUUCUCAAGUUUGAUGAAGAAUUGGGUCAUGGGUCUUUCAAAACAGUCUUCCGAGGUUUAGAUACCCAAACUGGUGUUGCUGUUGCUUGGUGUGAGCUGCAGGUGAAAUAGUGAAAUAAAACAAUGACUCUAUGGAAUUAUUUGAAUUGAUGAAUUUUAACUUAAAUUUUAGGAAAAUAAAUUAACAAAAACUGAACGUGCCCGGUUUCGAGAAGAAGCUGAGAUGCUUAAGGGUUUACAGCAUCCAAACAUUGUUCGAUUUUAUGAUUAUUGGGAAGUUUCCUUAACAAAGCGCAAGUAUAUUGUACUUGUCACAGAAUUAAUGACUUCGGGAACAUUGAAAACAUAUUUACGCCGUUUCAAAAAGAUCAAUCCUAAAGUACUGAAAUCUUGGUGUCGACAGAUUGUUAAAGGGUUAAGUUUCUUACAUUCUAGGACACCUCCAAUUAUACAUAGAGAUCUUAAAUGUGAUAACAUUUUUAUUACUGGUACAACUGGUUGUGUAAAAAUUGGAGAUUUAGGAUUGGCUACUCUUAAAAACCGAUCAUUCGCCAAGUCUGUUAUUGGUAAACUGAAACAUGAUUAUAAUUUAUUUUAAAAUUAAUUAACUAAUUUAGCUUCAUAUAUUUAUAGGUACACCUGAAUUUAUGGCUCCAGAAAUGUAUGAAGAACAUUAUGAUGAGAGUGUUGAUGUAUAUGCUUUUGGAAUGUGCAUGCUUGAGAUGGCUACAUCUGAGUAUCCUUAUACAGAAUGCACUGGACCUGCUCAAAUUUAUAAAAGAGUUAUAAGUGUAAGUUAAUAAAGUUAUUUUUACAUAUAAUAUAAUAAUUAUUAAUUAUGAAAUAUAUUUACAAAUUUAAAUGUGUGAUAUUGUUUUUUUAGGGUGUUAAACCGUUAAGUUUUGAUAAAAUUGAAAAUCCAGAAAUUAAAGAUAUAAUAGAAUCGUGUAUAAAAUUAAAAAAGGAAGAAAGGUAAUGAUAUUUUAAAUUUACAAUUUUUCUAAUUGCCCUUUUGAGUUAUCAAAUAUUUUUUUGUUUAGACCAUCAAUUAAAGAAUUAUUGGCUCAUGAUUUUUUUACGGAAGAUCCAGGAAUUAAAUUAGAAAUGGUUAGUAGAACAGACAGUCGAAUUGAAUUUCGUUUACGUGUUCUUGAUCCUAAAAAGCGUUGUAGUAAUAAACACCGAGAAAAUGAAGCAAUACAAUUUGAUUUUGAUAUUAAUAAUGAUAAUGCAGACGAUGUAGCAUCUGAAAUGGUAAAAUAAUAUACAUGUAUAUAUAUAUUUUAAUAAAGUACAUUAACUUUGUCUAAUUUUUAGGCAAAAUCUGGAUUAAUUUUAGAGGAAGAUAGUAAAAUUAUUGCCAAGAUGUUAACCAAUCAAGUUUAUAGUCUAAACAAAGAACACAAUGAUAAACGAGAUGUACCAAUUGAUGAAGAAUUAUAUAAGGGUAUUUUUUUAUAAUAUUAUUUGGGGUUAAGAUUAAUUUAAGAGACUAUAUGCAUUUUUAUUUAGACGAUAUCAAUUCAGAUGUUAAUGGAUUGUCGUUUCGACAACCAGAAACUGUUGUUAUGUACCAACCACCUAACUUUAUUAGUCAGGUAUAUUACAAAUUAUUUAUUAUUAUUGUUAUUUUAAAAUAAUAUAUUUUAGUAUGUAAAUUAGUUUUUAUCAAAUUUGUAUGUUAAAAAGAAAUUAUUUAUUUCCGUGUUUAUAUUAUAGGAAGAAGAAAAUAAAUAUGAUAACACUUCAAUUCCAUCUGAACAUAUUCAACCAUCGAGUGAAAUUAAUGUUACUGAACUUCAAGAACAAUUACUAUUACACUCGUCUCCAUCUAAAAGUCUACCACUUCGAUCAGUUGAUACAAUAUGUCAGCAAGAUAAUUAUAGAAAAAUUUCAAACAUAUCUAAUGCAUCCACAGACUCUGCUUAUACGUCUGAUACCAAUAUGACAUAUAAACAGCUUUCUGAUGUAAACCAAGUGCCAAAUAAUAUGGUGGAAGUUGUAUCAGAAAACUAUGUGCCGAAUGGAAAUGACAAUAUUUAUCAUCAAGAUUCAACAAUAUAUCAACAAGUUGACCCUGCAAUUAAUCAAGAUGCCCCCACAUAUAUUCCAAAUACAAUAACACAAUGGAAUUACCAAGUGAAUACUGCACAAAAUCAACCAUCUACAACAAUGGAUGAUGAAUUGCAAAGAAAAAUAUCAUCAGUAUCUACUAUCUCCAAUUUAUCAUCAUUAUCUUCUGAUUCUGUUCAAGCACUUGUCCUACAAGACAUUCAGCAUCAUGCUAUUAUACACGAAGAAAAUGCAAUACAAAAUAAUCAUAUAGCAUAUAUUCAAAAUCAAGAGGUAAUUAAUGCAAACCAGACUGAAAAUAUAAAUUAUUGUAAUGCACAAUCACCUUCCAAUGAGACUUAUUUAUCAACUAUACCACCCUUCUCAGAAACUCCAUUAUGUCCAAACUAUAAUCAACUUAAUCUUCCCGAAGAAAUCAAAAUGGUUGAAGAAAAAUGUGUAGAUAUUGUUGAACCUUAUUGUUCAACCAAUACUGCAGAAAUUGAUGUUAAGCAAAAUUUAAGGUAAAUAUAUAAAUAUAUUUUUGUAAGUACUAAUGCAGAAUUUACUACUAUUACUUGUUCUUUAAAAAUCCCUUGUAUUGUAAAUUGAUAAUUAUCAUUCACCAUUAGAUUUUCUUAUGUGAUUUUCUAAUUCCCCAAUUAGUGAACUCUUAUUUAUUUUGUUAUAAAAAUUUAAAUUUAAUUUUAAAUUUUUUUUUUUUUUUUAACAUUAAUCUGAACAAAAAAUUUUCUUUUGAUAAAAUUAUUGGAAAAUUGUACAUAAUUAUUUAUCACUCACUGUAUAAAAUUUGUAGCCAAGACUAAAAUUUAUCAUCAAAAAAAAAUAAAAAAUAUAUUCAUACAAAUUUAAAUUCAGUGAUUCGUAUGUUUAUUACUGAAUUCAAGACAAAUAGUCCAUGGACAAAAAUUCUGUUUUGAAAAAAGUCUACAUUUUUCGAGUCUAAUAAAAGAAAAAUAUAAAUUAUUCAGUUAACAAAUGUAAUUAAUUUUCUUAUUCAAUAUUAAUAUUUGAUUAUAUUUAAAUUUGAUUAUUAUUCUGUACACAUAUUAUACGUAAUAUAAAUUUAUUUAUACAAAUAUACAUAUUCUAAGUUACAUAUGAAAACAUAAUUUAGAUCUUAAAUGAUAACAACUAUCAAUAAUGAAAAUUAUUUCCAUUAUUUUUUUACUUUUUUCUGUCUAAUUUAUUGAAAGCCGUAAAUGAUUACAUUUAAUUAAAUUCUGUUUAUGCAGACUCGAAAAGCGUAUAAUAAAAUCAAUGACAACCUAUUUCUAUAUGAAUUAACUUCUUUUAUUAUCUAUGGUAUCUUUGUUAAAUCAUAUUUAAGUUCUUAUACAUAAUCGGUUAAAGUUUCUUAUUGUGUUUCAAAUUGUAUGGUGUUCUGUUCUCCCUACUAUAAAAUUCACACUUUGGUCUUCUUUUAGAUUCUGAGUGGAACGAAGAAGCUUAUGGUUUUACCACAAUAUUUAAUAUAUUUUUUUUUUCUGUGGACAACUUUUCUACCAGUAAUUUUGUUCUAACUUAUAAUGACAGAUAUUUUUCUAAAAGGAAAUUUCUAUAUUGAGAUACUUAAGAGAGGUCAUUUUUCAAUGUUCUUAGGAUUUUUUCUCAAUAAAUAUAAAAAAUUAAAAAAAAAAAACAUUUAAAUUUUAAAAUUGGCAAUUUAUCAUACUAUAUAUAUAUGUAUAUUAUUAUCAAAGCAGCAUUAUGAACUCCUUUUAGAAUCGUUUUUUUUAUUAGCAAUGGUUUAUCGUUGCUUAGAGGUGUACAUUAAAUUACUUAUAACAAUGGUUUCACCCGACCCCAUUAUCCUAGGAUUUCUUUUAUUUAUAUUAUUCAUUAAUGAUUUUCCUUUUAUUUUCAAUUAUUAAAUCUCCAAAUUGACUGCUCUAACAAAAAAGUUUGUAUUUCGAGUUUUCCAAAUCCUAAUCUAAUCUAUUUGGACAGGCGGAGAUACAAAAAAUCUAGAUAUAAUCUAGAGAAAAAAAACUGACUAAGGAGUUACUUUAAGAAGGUCACUUUGAGUUUCCCAAUAAAUGGGGAAUAACUUAGGAAUAACGGGAAAUAUAUACAAUAUUAAACAAAUAUUAUUAAAGAAAAUAUAUAAUGCACAUGGAAAUAUUUUACCAUAAUAUGCCAUAUUAUAUAUUGUCGACAAAGCAAUACUAUUAACCAAAUUCUGCUCAAAAUUGUUUUUCGUUAGCUAUGGUUCAUCGUUGUGUACAGAUAUACAUUAAAUUUCCCCUUUACCUUCUCAAAUUCUCAUCUGAACAAUGGCUUAAUUAUGUACGAUGUAUGUCCAUCUUUUUAAAAUAAUGUUAUAAAUUAUAUAUGAAUAUGUUCAUUUCAAAAGAUUUUUACAACUUCCAAAUUCUUUAAUUUAGAUUUGUGAGUUAAGGAAAAAUGUUGAAAUCGUUAUUAAUUGUUAUCGGCUAGCCAUAUCGACCAUGUUGAUUUCUUGUUCGUGUCAUCUUAUUUUUCAAAUUAAAUUUAUUAAAUUUGUUUUUAUUAUUAUUGAUUAUUUACAAUCUAUACAUAUAAUUUAGCACAAUAAGUAAAUGUAGAUGAACAUUUUUUUUUGCAUUUGUGUGACAUAAGAAGGGAGGUAUUCACUGAUAGAACUCAACUAAAAUAAAUAUUUAGCUUUGAUUUUAAUUGUUUUUUGAUAUCUUUAUUAUUAUUAUUUGUUAUUUCAUUGUAUUAUAAAUAUUUUAGUAUUUAAGCUGAAUCCAACUUUCUUAGUUAUUAUAUCAUUUUUUUAAAUGGGUUUUCAACUUGUAAUUUAAAUUAAGAAACAUCUUAACAUGUAUAACAUUACUUUUUUUUCAAAAAAUUUAUUUAUAUUUUUAUGAUGAAUCUUUCAUGAUUUUCAUUAUAAUAAACUUUAAGUUAGUCUAUGCUCUUCUGUAUAAUUAAUUUAUAUUAAAAUAUGUUGUUUGUAUUUCAUUUUAUUUGUAUUUAUAGGGUUGAUCAUUCAGAGGAAUCAUCUGUGAUAAAAGAAGCUGCAACAAGAAAAAAAAGUAGGACUUCGGGACCUUUAUUAAAUCUUUUGGCUGUGUAUGAUAAUCGUCAAGCAGAAUGCCAAUUAGAAAAUAAUAAACACAAAACUGUAACAUUCAAGUUUAACAUUGAUGAUGUUGUACCGUAUGAUGUGGCAAAUAAACUAGUAAGUAAUUUACUUAAAAAUGAAAAAGGUAAGAAUGAUAAUUAUAGUCUCAUAUUGUUUGUAGGUCACUGAAGAUUUGUUAGAGUUAUCUCAUGUAGAUUUAGUAGCUGAAAUGAUGAACGAUUUGGUAAAUAAAUUGAAAUUAGACAUGGAAUCUGUACUUAAUUCUGUUGAUGGGAUAUCGCCACCAAAACAAGAGGUAAUAAUUAAAAUUAAAUUUAAAAAUCAUUUCUAGUAUUCCUAUUUUUAUUUACUCAUGUAAUAUCCAGAAUGAAGCAACAUCAACAAUUUCAGAAGAUAUAGAAAAUAAAAUAAAUAUAAAUCAGCCUAAUGUGGCUAUUACUGAAACUACUAAAGAAGUUGAGGAUAAAAUGGAGUCCGAAAAAAAGAAACCGGUAUACUUUAAAACAAAUAUAUUUUUUAUUAAGUUUUGAGAUUUUGUUUUAAUUUAUAUUGAAAAUUUAAAAUUUUAAUUUAUUACUAAUAAUCUUAAAUAUUUUUACUAUAGGCACGGAAAAUAUCAAGGUUCUUAGUAAGUCCCGUUAUUACAGAACAAACUUUAGAGGAAGUAAGUAUUUUAUUUCUUAGAUUUAUUAUUAUAAUUAUUUUUAUUAUUAUUUUAACUAUUAUUAGUGCAAUUUUGAUAAGAAUAUAGUGAAACAAAAUGAACUACUCAGUCCAGAAUCACUUCAUAAGAGUAUAUUGAAUGAAAUGAUUACAUUAGCAAGUACUAACAAUCAAAAUAUACCAAUAUGUCAAACUACAAACGAAGAAUCAUAUUCAAAUCCUGAAACAAUUACUGGUUCAAUAUCUGACUCUAAACCACAUUCCCAAGUUCAAACUGAUAUGUAUGUAUUCAAAAUUACAAACUACACAAUAAAUUAAAAUACUGAUGACUGAAUGGAAAUUAUGUAGAUUGUGUCAAAAAGGAGGUUCUCUAACUAUAUCUGAACUACAACAAAAAUUAAUCCAACUAACAGCUCAACCAUCAGAACUAGCAUCUAAUAGUACUCCACCUAUAGGUUCUCACCCAAGUACACCUCAUACGCAUACUGGAUAUGAGACAUAUAUGAACAACCUUCAAAAGCGUUUGGCUUCAAUUUCAAUGCCAGCUGGCAAUAUACUUGUAUGCAUUAAUUAUUAUAUUAUAAAUAUAUAUAUCUAUAUGUUUAUUCAAUUUUUUUCAUCAUUAAAGGGACCAUUAUCACCACAAAGUACUCUGCAUGCAAUCAGUUCUGCAACAUCUAAAUUAAAAAUACCCAUUGCUAUUGAAGUUGUUAAGCCUAUGCAACCCGUUGCUAUUGGGGUUGAUGAAGUUCACAUAGGUGAUGAAGUUGGACCAAUUGUAGUUCAUGCAGUUCAAGCCCAGUCUAUUUUAACUGGCAAUGAAACACCUCACCGAGUAAUUAUGCCAGAAGAAAACUUAAAUCAACAAACUAUGGUUGUACAACCAUUACCCGGCCAUUCCAUUAUGGUUCAAUCGAGAUUUAUUCAUAAUCAAGAUCCACCUGUUCAAGUAUUUUAUACAAUUGUUUAUCUUCUUGGAGUUUAUGUACAUUAUUAACUUAAUGUAAUUUAUUAAUUUGUUUUUAUUAGGAGUUGGAAAGUAAUACAAAUAGUUAUAAAGAUGAAACUAAAGAGAGAAAAGUUAGCCGUGCUCAGUCUGUUGAUUUACAUAGUUUAGAAAAAGUAAGUUUUUUUGAAGUAUACCUUUAUUAAUAUAAUUUGUGAUCUUACUUUUUAAUAUGGUCAGUUUUCAAAAUUACAUAUUUUAUUCUAAAAGAAAAAAAGAAAAAAAUUUAUUGUGAUAACCUCUAGUCUAAAAUCUUUAUAUAACAAUAUAUUAAGUGAUAAUGUAAACUAAAAAUAUUAAUUAUCAUUACUUAAUUUAAUGAUAGAAUUUUUGGAUCAAAUGUGUGCACCUCAAUGGUUAUUGACCUUUUUAUUUUGAACAUAUUAUAAUUAUAGCUAACUGUUUUUAAAAACAUAUAUAUCACAAAUAAAAAAAAAUAUAAAGAUAUAUAAUAGUUUUGUAUAAGAUACCUAUAAUGUUUGUUGCAUAAUACAAUUUACUGUAAUUUAACAUUUUAACAAUUCUAGUUUUAAGAAAUAGUAUUUUAUUUAUUAUUAAUUCAAAACUAGAUAUUGUUCAGUGUGUUGGUUCUACUGUCAAUGAAAUAGAUUAUCUCCCAAUAUGAAUUUAUUCAGAAAAUCUAAAAAUUGUCCAUAUUUAUGAAUAAAUGUUGAUAAUAUUUUUUAGAAAUUGUCAAGUAUCCAUACAAAAAAAUAUUCCUCAAACAUAGUCAAUCUCCAUUCAAUACCUGUAUCAACUGACCAACAUGUUACACAAUCUGUGGAAACAGAUGUUCACUGUGAUAAUUAUCAAACAAUUUCACACUCUGUACGCAUACAAAUUUAAUCAGAACCUGCUACUUAUUUGAACACCAUCAUGACUUUAAAUAUGUUCUUUAUUAUUAUUGUUUUAAUUAUGUUAUUUAGAAUGAUGAAAUUAUGGAUCAUAAGGAUUUAUUGGGCCAAAAUGCAGAUAAUUUCAAACCUACUAAUAAAGUUGAAAUAUUAAAUACUAAAUUAGAUAUAUCUUCUGAUUUUCAAAAUUUAUUACAAAGGUGAAAUUGCAUACAAAUAAUAAUAUAAUUUACUAUUCAUAUUUUAAAAUUAUUUAUAAUUAUUGUUAUAUCAUUCCUUUUUCAGACAAUAUUUUGAAUUAGAAUCAUUACGUAAACGCCAUUUAGAUGAAUUGACCCAUUGUAUGCAGGUGUUUAAAUCGGAAGGUUUGCGACCUACUGUAUUAUAUGAAGCAUUAUCACCACUUUCUAGUUCUAGUAUGUUAUUUGCAAAGACAUUUUAUGCAGUUUUUAUGAUAAUAUUAUUCCUAAUUUUAGGUAAAAAAUUAGCUUGUGAAGCUAGUGAAAAUUCUAGAUCAGAAUCACCAACAUUAGAUAAUGGAGUGAUGAAGUUUACACCAACUGGUUUAUACUUCUUACCAGAGUCUGUUAAACUUUUAUCACCUUCUUUAGCCGAAUCCCAGAACUACGGCACUAAUCAUUAGUCAUCAGCAGAAAACAUAAUAUCUUAAGCGUAUUUUUAACAGUUCGUUAUUCCUUAUUUUUCAAUUAUACACGUUUAUAAAGACGCUUAUAAUUCAAUUGUUAUUUUAUUUUGUAUAAGUUCCUUAGAAAAUUGUAUUCAUCAGUUAUAUUAUUUAAUAUUUCAAUUUAUAAAUACAUAAUAAUAUGCUAAUGUUGUAUCUGCACAUUUAUUUUAAUGACUGCAUAAUAUAACAUACAUGAGUGAUUUUUAUAAUCGGACCAAUACUAACAUCUCUAUUUUAGUAAUAUUAUUUAUUAACAAUUUGUUAAUUUAUGUUAUGAAACAUAAUUUAAUGGUAAUUGUUGAAUUAUUUAAUUUUUUUUUUAUGAUUAUUUCAGUUUUUCAGUAAUAUUGUUAUAAUUUUGUAGGUUACGCAAUGAAUGUAAUUUGCAGUCUAGUCUUUUAAAGUGAUUUUGUUUAAGUCAUGGUUUUCAAUACAACCUUAACU